UCCAAGGACUCAAACCCGACACGGCGUCGUUUCCUCCAAGGCCGUCCCCUUUAAACCCGCCACCUCCCGCACUAGCGGAACCGACAAGAAGAACAAGAACAAGAAGAGCAACAAAAGCCUCAACCUUUCCGAAACGACAAGAAAAUCCAACAACAUGGGAAGCGAGGGUUGUGCCGCUCCGAGGAAACCCAGGUUCCUCGGCCUUCAUGGGUUCCGAACCAGCGGCCUCAUCCUCAAGACCCAACUCGGUAACAAGUGGCCGGAGUCCGUUCUCCGGAACUUCGACCUCGACUUUCCCGACGCGCCUUUUCCGGCCGUGGGUAAAUCCGAAGUCGAGGGCAUUUUCGAUCCUCCUUAUCACGAGUGGUUCCAGUUCAACAAGGAAUUUGCAGAGUACACAAAUUUUGAUGAGUGUCUUGAAUUCAUUGAAGAUUACAUGGUCAAGAAUGGACCAUUUGAUGGGCUACUUGGUUUUUCCCAGGGGGCAAUAUUGUCAGCGGCACUUCCGGGUCUACAAGCAAAGGGUUUGGCAUUGACUAAAGUGCCUAAAAUUAAGUUCUUGAUAAUAAUUGGAGGCGCAAAAUUCAGGUCACCAACCUUGGUUGAAAAUGCUUAUUCCACUCCAAUUCAAAUUCCAUCUCUUCACUUUCUAGGAGAGAAUGACUUCUUGAAGCAAUAUGGACUCGAACUGCUCGAAAAUUGUGUAGAUCCGAUCGUGAUUCAUCAUCCCAAAGGCCACACGAUACCAAGAUUUGAUGAAAAAGGUUUAGAGACCAUUAUGAGCUUCGUUGAGACGAUUAAGCAGAAAUUGGACGAGAAGGAAGAGAAACAAUAAUGAUGUUGUUGUGGUCAGGCCCUUAUUCUGGAUCUAUAUAUAGGUGUAUUCCUCAAUCUUCUGUUGGCGCUAUUUUAGGCCAUAUUUUUUCAUUGUUAUUCAAUGGAACUUAAUAAGAAAAAUAUAUGCGUGCCAAUAUCUUUUUUCAUAGAAAAGGUAUAUAAAUUUGUCAUUUGUAUU